CUUUAUCGCUGCGUAAAACGAAGAAGGCACUGGCUAUUGCUGCAUCCAUUACGAAGAAACCCGUGGAAAAGGAUAAUCUUUUAACUCAACGGCAACUUGGAUUACUUGGGCUGAACCCAAAAGCAACUGAAAAUGCUGAGGCUGAGCAAUCGAAGAAACAACCCAAAUCAAAACCCAUUACUCCUCAGCGAACCUUGGAGACUCUGGUUCCGAUUCGAAAACCGGGUUUCGGGUCUACCCCUUCUCGCCAGUCAAGAAUUGGGUUGGAUUACCAGAGCUCCAAUAGUGCUAAGAAAACCCCAAUAUCACCAGUUUCAACUUCUCCUACUCGGGCUUCUCCGUGGUCGAGGCAGAGCUCAGGCAGUGCAAAGGGGAUACUAACGUAAGAAAUGUUAGAACAAUACUUAGCUGAUGUCGAUGAGAAGUUCACUGAAUCAGCAACUAAGUCUGUGAUCACAACACCUCAAUCAACCAUUAGGGGCUUUGGCAUUGCUAGCCCUGGAUCGGUUGGCAGCUCAGCUACUGCUUCAGGCACAGCUCGAAGCACUCCAUUGAGGCCUGUGAGAAUGUCCCCUGGUUCCCAUCAGAAGUAUACCACGCCACCGAAGAAAGGAGAAGGAGACCUUCCUUCUCCAAUGUCAAUGGAACAAGCAGUUGAGGCUUUUGAGAAUUUGGGUGUGUAUCCUCAGAUUAGACAGUGGGAGGAUAGAAUUAGACAGUGGUUUUCUUCGGUUCUGAUGAACCCGCUACUUGAUAAGAUUGAAACAAGCCAUAUUCAGGUUAUGCAAGCUGCGGCUGCUAUUGGAAUAUCGAUAACUGUUACUCAAGUUGGAAGUGACCCAGUGAGCAUAACAGCUCCUGUUAAUGUCUCCCCGAUCGAUGGAGCUAAAGAGUGGCAACCGGCAGUCACGGUGGAUGAAGAUGGGCUUCUUCAUCAAUUACGUGCUACACUUGUUCAAACACGUGAUGGAUCAAUGUCACAAUUACUUCUAGCUGGUCAGCAACAAAUACAGCAAAAUCACCCUUUCUACAAUUAGCAAUUAUUUUUUAGU